AUGAUUAGUGGUCCCUGCUCAAGCACGCCACCAGUAGCUGACACAGGUUCACGUCGUCACUGCCCAACAAGCUCAACUCUCGCACCACUCCUACACAAUGCGGCGUCAAAACUUUUCGUCUCAGUGACUCCUCCUCUCAAGCAGACUCUUGAUUCUGUCACUCACCGCCGCAGUGUUGCAUCUUUUGGUAUCUCUUAUCGUUAUAUUCAUGACGCGCUCGACUACUCCCUCGGGCCCUCAGGCCACAGCGGAGUCAAUCAGCUGGGCGGUGUGUUCGUCUCAGGUCGGCCUCUUCCUGACUCCACCAGACAGAAGAUCAUUGAACUUGCCCACUCCGGCGCCAGGCCCUGUGAUAUCUCCCGAAUUCUCCAGGUGUCGAACGGGUGUGUCUCCAAGAUUCUCGGCAGGUAUUAUGAGACAGGGUCCAUACGGCCGCGCGCCAUCGGGGGUUCGAAGCCGCGGGUGGCGACGCAGGAGGUGGUGGCGCGCAUUGCUCAGUUCAAGCGUGAGUGUCCCUCCAUCUUUGCGUGGGAGAUUCGGGACCGCCUGCUGUCCGAGGGCGUCUGUUCCGCCGACAACAUCCCCAGCGUGUCCUCCAUCAACCGGGUCCUAAGGAACAUCACCAACAAGGAAACGGGCGCGAGUUCUCCCGGCGUGGGGGGCGGCACUCCUUCCACGGGCGGCGGGGGGACCAUCGUACCCAGCGGAGGGGCGGGAGGUGGGGGAGGCGGCGGAGGGGGGCAGGCGAUGGGCGUGGGGGGCGGCAACUCAACCCACAGCAGCAACGCCAGCACGCCCACGCCCACCUCCACGCCCUCACAGGACCCAAUGUACGAUAAGCUGCGGCUGCUCAACGGACAGGCAUCGUGGCCCCGCGCCCAGUGGUACAGCGGCCCAGGCGGUGACGUCACCACUCUGCCCGUGGAGUCCCCGCAGCCGCCCCCCUGCAGCCAGCCGCCCCUACCCAAGAAGAGCGACGGUGGGGACCUGAGCGAGGACAGCAACCCGGGCAGCAGCGAGAACAGCAGCAGUGAGGAUCAGGCAAGACUACACCUGAAGAGGAAGCUGCAGAGAAACAGAACCUCCUUCACCAACGACCAGAUUGAUAGUCUUGAAAAAGAGUUCGAGAGGACACACUACCCUGACGUGUUUGCCAGGGAGAGACUCGCGGCCAAGAUCAACCUGCCCGAAGCAAGAAUACAGGUGUGGUUCAGCAACAGACGUGCCAAGUGGCGGCGCGAGGAGAAGCUCCGGAACCAGCGCCGCACCGCCGAGGGAAUGGCGCCCUCCUCGCCCACCCGCAUUAUCAACAACUCCUUCACGCCCACGCCCAUGUACACGCCCCUGCCGCCCCCGCCCGUCUCUGUUGGGGAUACGUAUGGGUCCAUGGGCGGCGGCGGAUUCGGCAUGACCUCCACCGUGUGUCCCGUCGCCUCCAGCCCCAACUGCCUCCCCGCCCAGCAGCCUCCCGCCCACGGCCACACCGGCAGCCCCGCAGGCAUGGGGCUGGCCAGGGACAACCCCCACGCCCCUCACAACCACUACAUGACGCGCCCCUCCUACGAGUCCCUGUACUCCCACGCCCGCGCCUCGCCCACCUGCCCGCCCAUGCUCUACCAUCACCACCACCACCAGUCGCCCCACGCCCAUGAGUACAACACGCCCACGCCGCCCAAUUCCCAGGCGGGUCUGCUGUCCCCCGGCGUGUCAGUGCCCAUCGCCGUGCCUGGACAACACCACGACAUGAACUCCCAAUACUGGACCCGCCUUCAGUAGCCGCCACCACGCCACGCCACGCCAUGCCAUGCCGCCGCCGCCACCACCACCACCACCACCACCACCACUACUACCGCUACUACCCCCGCCACCGUUACUGCCACUACUACAGCUAUUGUCAACUUCAAGCGAUUGGGCAGCUUCUCUCUCUCUCUCUCUCUCUCUCUCUCUCUCUCUCUCUCUCUCUCUCUCUCUCUCUCUCUCUCUCUCUCUGCAGUGACAUUAUUAGACAUAUGACCUCGACUUUCCCUUUUUUUCAUAUUCGUAGUGCAAGAUGUUAAGGUGACCAGUUGAAAAGUGUUAGGUUACGUUUUCUCUUUAACUCUAUUUACUUUUUUUACGUAUUUAGAUAAGUGAGUUGAUCGGUUGGUCUUCGAUUACGUCUAAUGACAGAUAAAGAAAGGAAAGAUAGAAAGAAGGAAGAAUCAAUUAAUUUCAUUGUAAUGUAAUUUCAUUUUUUUCUUUUUUCGCUCUUUCGUGUAUGUGAGAGAGAGAGAGAGAGAGAGAGAGAGAGAGAGUAGUUACGUCAAAGCAAGGCUAGCACGCAAGACAGGCUCUACCAGUGAAAGCUUUAGGUCAGUUGUGUGGUCAGCCUGCGGGGGCAUGACAAGCCUCCACCAACACGUGUGUAUAACUCGUGACUCAGAGACGUGACAUAAUUACUAAUCAUCUCGGUGAAGCAUUGCUAGUCUCAAUACUCACACGUUAAUUAGAGUCAUUUAUUUGUGUUCGCGUCUUUUUAAAUUGAAGGAAAGUUUCUUUACUGAUCCAUUAAAUUUUGAGGGGAAUGAAGUUUACGUAGUUAUCUUUUAUUUCAUUUAGAGAGUGAUGUGGAUGUAGAUUGCGUAAUGUGGAAUUUGAACUCAAUCGGUCUUUCUUUUUCUUUUUUUCUUUUUCUUCUACAUAGUUAUUUUUGUUGCUCCAAAAUAGUGAGCAGCAACAAGGUCAUAUGGCGCCGCUUAGGAGAGAGAGAGAGAGAGAGAGAGAGAGAGAGAGCGCCACUUCCCCCGCCGAGAACUUUCUUGAGUCAGUAUCGAAGCAGCGAAGCGAGAGUCGAGCAAGGUGGUGGUCGGUAUUCCUAGUGACAACUGUUCCCUCACCGCCGCGCCGCGCCGCCACCUCCACCUGUGCUGCGUGUGAAGUGGUGACGUGCAGGAUACUUUGUGCGACACCAAAAAGACAAGAACUUAAGUUACUGAGGAACACUUAUAAGAUGAGUCAUGAGCUGUUUCGAUUGUUUAACCCGGUGAUUUGCUCUUCCUCCUCCUCCUCCUCCUCCAGUUACAUUCCCUCUAGCGUUUACUGAUCUGGUGAUAUUAAUGUAGCAACUUAUUCUCAUCAUAACCUCCCACAUCACAGUCACAAUCAAAAAGAAAGUCAAAUUUUAUAUAGUAAGAGUUUUAGUCACUCGCUGUCGCGGUAACGUUGGCAGCCCUGCUCAAGUCUCGUGAUGGGUCAGAGCGGGUGGUCAGUAUUCUGUGGGCACGAGUGAAGGUGUCAUGUGAUCAUAUCGUGUUCGUCCUACUUUCCUCGCCGCAGCAGCAAAGAGGGCCAAGCACCGCGUCUUGUUUGGUAUGUUCAGUUAUUGGUGAUUUUAGAUAAUAGGACUGCAUUAGUCUGAGAUAAGCGUGGGACAGUCAACUACUCUCAUACACUCAUCAAACUAGUGCAACACAUCGGGGACUGGAGAAGGUGAAGUCUUACGGCUGUUCCUAAAAUUGGCGAAAUCAUUAACAUAACGUGAUAAUCUGUCUUAGUAUUGCUUGCUAAUUAUUUCCUUUAUUUAUGCUUUAAGUAAGUGUUGGUCAUUUUUUGUAUUACGCUGGUUAUUUCUUAGAUUGCAUGAGGUCUUAUUAUGAAGAUCUUACGUAUUACUCAUUUUUUAAGGUGUGUGUGUGUGUGUGUAUGUGUGUGUGUGUGUGUGGGAGGAAAACUCAAACUGAAUCCGAAGUUCUCUGUGUUCCUUUACGUUGCGGCUACAGGCUAUACAGAGAAUGUUUAUUUACAUUUACAUUUCUAAUUAUUCCCGCUUAUAUUCAUGAUUAUUCCAUAAUUUGUCGGUGCAGAGAAGGUAGCAGGAAAACGUAACGAACCAAGAUCACCAUAUAUUGCCUUACAUUACGACUACAGAAUUUUAACGUUUUCAUUUUUACUUCUAAUCAUUCCUUAUUUCUCGAUGGGGGAAAAGUGACAGGAAAGCUUACCGAGCGGAAGUAACAUUAGAUUACGUUUUGUCUAGACAUUACCAAGAGAGAAUGUGGGUGUUUCCAUAGAUAUUUCUAAUUGAUUCUUAAUCCUCGGUGGGGAAACAUGGCAGGGAAACAAAAAUACCAUUGAAUUUCCACUACAAGCUUUAGAGAAUGUGUUUAUUUCCAUAUAACCUUAGUCAUUCCUUACUUCUCGAUGCGGGAAAGGUGGCAGACAAACUUAUAAAAAAAAAACAUAUCCCUUAGUUUCUGACAACAAGCUUUAAAGAACGUGAAGAUGUGAUUAUUUGUACUUACCAUUCCACGUGUUUGAAUGGCAUGAGUGGUGGUGGUGGUGGUGGUAGCGGGGGGGGCGGACCCAGCAGAAGUGAGGGAGAUCAGCCAACAAAGCAGACUCUCCCUAAAUACCUUAACACUUCCCCAAUUCCAGUCUGACUUUUUUAUACUCCGUGCGGUUGGUGACUGGUGACGGAGUCGCCUGCCCAUUUCUGUGCAUUAUAUCAGGAGGGAGUGACGGCAGAGGAAGAGAGCACUUGAUGAAUGUCUGUAUUCUUAAGCUAAGUACGUACUAACCCCGCGCCACGGUUCACUGAGGGGCCUGCUGCUCUGAGAGGUGCAAGGUCCAAAAUAACAGAAAAAAAAGAGGUAUGUUUAUAGAAUCUCUCCCGUCUCACUUUGACGAGCGAUUUUCUUUUUCUCUCCUGGCAAGUAAAAAGGAAUUCAUGUAGUUCAUUAUAAAAUACAUCGUUACCGCUGCUAUUUCUUUUUUUCUUAUUUUAUUUAUUUUUUUUUUUUUCGUAGGUAAAGUUACGUCUCUCUCUCUCUCUCUCUCUCUCUCUCUCUCUCUCUCUCUCUCUCUCUCUGACAAUGAAACGUACGAUGUUACUUAGCAGACUAAAAAAAGAAAAAUCCUAAUGAAAGUCUCGCCAGUCAUAGUGAAGCGGGAUUGAUUCUGUAAUGAAGCCAAAAUGUAAAUCCCGUUCGAUACACGUUUCGGAGCGUCGAGAGUCCGAAGCCGCGUCGCCUUCGCCAUUGGGCCUAAAAGAGAACGCGUUUAUAUUUUCAUCAGGGUACUCCAAGAAUCGAAUUAUUUUUAUUUUUUUUUUUUAUGUACUUGUAAAUGAGCGGUAUAAACUGGGCUGUACAUAACACUGUAUAAAAGAGUCAUUAGCGAGUGAGUAAUGGAGUGUUUCCUUCGUUAACUCUUGUGUGUACAGUGGAGGUAGACACGUAAGCAAAGUUUGACGGGAGC